AUGGCCAGGACUGGUUUCUGCGACUCCAAGCCCCUGCUGGACUUACACAAGAAGGCGGAUGAGAGGCGAGCCCCAUUAAGAGCCUGGGCUAAUGCCUGUGGGCCCAUAGAUCGCUGGCAGCCUGUAGAGGUGGACGAGUCCAGGAUGGCCUCUUUCAAAAUGGAGACAGAGCGCAGAUGGGAGAGGAGGUUAUCAAUGCAAGCAAGUGAAGACAUCAUGGGGUUCCAAGAAGACGGGGAAACAUGCUCAGCUGGUAGUGUAAUAGCAGAUGGGUGUGUGGACGAGUCUGUGCUGCCCCUCGGGCUGCAGGGCCUUCACAGCCUACAGGCGCUGUUGCCCAGCUUGCUGCGCCAUGAAGUGGAGAUGGCACUGGAGAAGCUGGACCUCAUAUGGGACCGGACAUACGCCUGGGACAUGUUCUUGGAUAUGAUGAGAACUCAGACACAGUACUGUUUUCCCAACGCUGACCUGCCCCGGCAUUUCACUGAGGUCACUCGUGCUGUCCUGGUAGACUGGCUCAUUCAAGUUCAUGAGAUGAUGCAGUUUCAGGCUGAGACCCUCUAUCUGGCCGUGCACCUCCUCAACCGCUCCCUGCAGCAGGUCAAGGUGACCACAGCCAACCUGCAGCUCCUCGGGAUGGUUUGCCUCUUCCUUGCUGCAAAAAAGGAAGAGUGCCUCCUGCCUGAGGUGUCUGGACUCUGCUACUUAAUGGACCACACCUACACUAAGCAUCAGCUGCUGCGUAUGGAGCGCAAAGUCCUCUGUGGGCUCAAGUUUGAUUUGUCCUACUGUCCCCCUCUGCAUUUCCUCAUUCUCCUUGCCUCCAUUGCUCGCUGCAGCGCUAAGGUGGUGUGGAUGGCUCGCUAUCUGCUGGAGCUGUCUCUCCUGGAGGGCCAGUGUGUGGUGUUUCUGCCUGUGCAGCUGGCAGGAGCGGCCCUCUGCUUGUCCCGCCAAGUUCUACAGGAGCCCCCGACACCGGAAGGGGAGGCUGCUUGGUGUCUGGCCUCCAGCGUCCAUGUCGGCAGUGAGACCGUCCUGCUGAGGAUCAUGCACAUCCUGGCCAGUGCUGCAGCCAAGGCACACACCCGCGAGACCUGUGCUACUUUUAUUAAAUUCUCCUCCCCAGAGACCAUGCACGUCAGCAGACACCCGGGUCUAAAGAACGCCUGUGGCCUGCUGGGCAUAUGCACUUGA